CGGCGAAGUCGGACCCCCUCUGGCAGAGCUCCGCAGUCCUCUGGCAGCCCUGCGGCUUCCAGGGCGUCGCGGCCGCGGCCGGGCAGCGCGGCUCCCAGAGGUGACCAUGGAAACGGGCGGCCUCCCCCUGGAGCUGUGGCGUGUGAUCUUAGCCUACCUGCAUCUUCCUGACCUGGGCCGCUGCAGUCUGGUGUGCAGGGCCUGGUAUGAGCUGAUCCUCAGCCUGGACAGUACCCGUUGGCGGCAGCUGUGUCUGGGCUGCACCGAGUGCCGCCACCCCAACUGGCCCAACCAGCCCGAUGUGGAGCCCGAGUCCUGGAGGGAGGCCUUCAAGCAGCACUAUCUUGCCUCUAAGACCUGGGCUAAGAACGCACUGGACUUGGAGUCUUCUAUCUGCUUCUCUCUGUUCCGCAGGAAGAAGGAGCGGCGUACCUUGAGUGUUGGGCCAGGCCAUGAGUUUGACAGCUUGGGCAGUGCCUUAGCCAUGGCCAGCCUCUAUGAUCGAAUCGUGCUUUUCCCAGGUGUGUACGAGGAGCAAGGGGAAAUCAUCCUGAAGGUGCCAGUGGAGAUUGUGGGCCAAGGGAAGUUGGGUGAGGUGGUCUUGCUUGCCAGCAUUGACCAGCACUGCUCAACCACCCGUGUGUGCAAUCUUGUCUUCAUGCCAGCCUGGUUCUCACCAAUCAUGUAUAAGACCACAUCAGGUCACAUCCAGUUUGACAACUGCAACUUUGAGAAUGGACACAUCCAGGUCCAUGGCCCAGGUACCUGCCAAGUGAAAUUUUGUACCUUCAAAAACACCCAUGUCUUUUUGCACAACGUGCCCUUAUGUAUGUUGGAAAACUGUGAAUUUGUGGGCAGCGAAAACAACUCUGUGACCGUUGAGGGUCACCCGUCGGCCGACAAGAACUGGGCCUAUAAGUACCUGCUGGGCCUUAUCAAGGCCUCUCCCAUCUUCCUCCCUGCAGAGGACAAUGACUUUUUAAUGUCCUUGGACUUAGAGAGCCGGGACCAGGCCUGGAGCCCAAGGACCUGUGACAUUGUCAUCGAGGGCAGCCAGAGUCCUACAAGCCCAGUCUCUAGCUCUCCAAAGCCAGGCUCCAAGGAGGGAGAGGUGGGCAGCGAUGGGGAGAGAGUGGCCCAGACUCCAGACAGCAGUGACGGCGGCCUGAGCCCCAGCGGUGAGGAUGAGGAUGAUGAGCAGCUCACCUACAGACUGUCCUACCAGGUGCAGGGCCCCCGCCCUGUCCUGGGCGGCUCCUUUCUGGGCCCUCCCCUACCUGGAGCAUCCAUUCAGCUCCCCAGCUGUCUAGUGCUGAACUCACUGCACCAGGAGCUGCAGAAAGACAAGGAAGCCAUGGCGCUAGCCAGCUCCGUGCAGGGCUGCCUUAUCCGCAAGUGCCUCUUCCGGGACGGGAAGGGCGGUGUCUUCGUCUGCUCUUAUGGCCGCGCCAAGAUGGAAGGAAACGUCUUUCGGAACCUGACUUAUGCAGUGCGAUGUAUACACAAUAGCAAGAUCGUCAUGCUCAGGAAUGAUAUUUACCGCUGCCGGGCAUCAGGCAUCUUUCUUCGACUGGAGGGUGGAGGCUUGAUCGCUGGCAACAACAUUUACCACAAUGCAGAGGCUGGCGUGGACAUUCGGAAGAAAUCCAACCCACUCAUCCUGUGUAACCAGAUCCACCACGGUCUUCGAUCUGGCAUUGUUGUCCUUGGCAAUGGGAAAGGUGUCAUCAGGAACAACCAAAUCUUUUCUAAUAAGGAGGCUGGCAUUUAUAUCCUGUACCACGGAAAUCCAAUUGUGAGCGGAAACCACAUCUUCAAGGGGCGUGCAGCUGGCAUAGCAGUGAACGAGAAUGGCAAAGGCCUCAUCACAGAAAACGUCAUCCGAGAGAACCAGUGGGGAGGUGUAGACAUCCGCCGAGGCGGCAUCCCAAUCCUCAGGAGCAACCUCAUCUGCUUCGGCUACUCAGAUGGUGUGGUCGUGGGGGAUGAAGGCAGAGGACUUAUAGAGGGAAAUACCAUCUAUGCUAACAAAGGAUGUGGCGUGUGGAUGAUGUCCUCCAGCCUGCCCCAUGUCACCAGCAACCACGUGAGCUACAACGGCCUGUAUGGGGUGGCAGUGUUCAGCCAGAAAGACGGCGAGUUCCCUGGGGGCCACGGGGCCCAGGAGAACUUCAGUGAGGACGGGGACGCCAUCCUCUGGGAGACGGAGCUGGAGAAGGAGGAUGACCCACUGCGCCGGCCCGUCACCGUAGCUCUUGUGGAGUCCAACAGUAUUAAUCACAAUGGAGCAUCAGGAAUCUUUGUCCAGAGCAGCGAGGCACUUCAGGUCACCGCCAAUGUGAUCCAUGCCAAUGGGGACAGAGGCGUCACCAUCGUUCAGAGCAGCCAGGUCACACGGGUGGCUAACAACAGCAUCUCCUGCAAUCGCCAGAGUGGGGUCAAGGUGGAAUUUCAAUGCAAGGUGGAGCUCCGGGGCAAUGGUAUCUAUGACAACAGAGGCCAUGGCAUCAUUACUAAGGGCGAUGGUACCGCUGUUGUGGAAAAUGACAUCAUCGGCAACCGCGGCAGUGGACUGCAGUUGCUGCCCAGGUCUGACACUAAGGUACUAAAGAACCGGAUCCACUCCUUCCGGGCCUAUGGCAUUGCAGUGCGGGGCCGUGUUAAGGCCCUGGUACAGGAGAACAUCAUCUUCCAGGGCAAGACCAACAAGACCAUCUUCCAGCAGAUCACAAACAACCGAGAGUGCAUCAUGCAAAACAACAAGUUCCUUGUCUUCAAGAAGAAGUCUGACACCUGGCGCCUGGUGAACCCACCAGCACGGCCCCACCUGGAAAACUCACUCCGGGGCUCCUCUGCAGCCCACAGUGGGCACAAGGUGGCAGCCAUGGCAACCAGGAUCACAGCCCGUGUGGAAGGUGGCUAUCACAGCAACCGUAGCAUCUUCUGUACCAUCCUGUAAGCGAGAAGGCCUGCCUCGGGCCCAGGCCCCGGACGGUGCACAGAGAGCUGCAGGCUGACUCCUGAGGUGGAAGUUAAGCCUGGGAAGUCUCCCAGACCCACCCCCAUCUUACAAACCACCACUCCUGAAGUGGGUCCUCGGCCUCCUGGGGCCUAAGAACGAGGAGGUACCUCUAGAACCCUUAGCUCCAAAACCUUGGCAGGAAGGAUCUUGGGACAUUUCCCCAGGCGCAGUUGGAGUGUCUCCGGUCACUCAGAGGUUAUGAAGAGCUGCAGAGACUUAAACAGUACACGCAGCUUUUAGGUCAGUUGUUCCAAGCUACAAAAGACCUCACUUUACACAGACCAAGCUGACUCUUCUCAGGGAAGAGAACGCUUACUUCUGAGCAGGAAGUAGCUGUGGUGAGGUGGACACAGCUACCCCUUUCCUGAACCUUGACUCUCUGGGUCCCUCUUGGGCCUAUGCCAGCCUCCCGGCCGCCCCUGGGAGCUGCAGUGUUUAUUAAACAGCUCUCCUAGACUA